AUGGCCGAUAAAAUUGAUAUAUCUGCAGCUGAUAACGAUACGUUUGACUCUUCCGCAGCGCCUAUUCACGCUGUUGACACUACUAGUCAACCGCAUACUUCAGCUAAAAAACUCAUUCCAGCAGACAUUGUCCCAGACUUGCAUGCAUUCGCAAAAAGCGAUGGUUUAAAAACCGAACUCGCAACCCACGAUGCUAAUGAAAUCAAAAGAGUCAUCACAGAAGCAGAAAAGAAGCCUGUAAUGCCAUCCCGUCUUAGAAAGAAACUUGAAAUUUCUACAGAGGGGAUCACUUCUACUGAUCGAGAAGACAUAUCCCCAACUAUGGUGGGAACUUUCCCUCACUGCCCUCUCCCAGCUUCACGAAUUCCUCCGUGGUAUAGAACAGGCUGGACAGCUUUCUCAACUGAGAACAAUCCAGGUGGUUCAUUGAAUAUCAAGGCAACACAACCCAAGUUCCAUAUACUGGAUGAAGCCAUCCCAAAUAUGUACUACGGAGAAUGGUGGCAUAAUGUCUCUGCUCUUGUAAUCACUGCAUUGAUGGCCUGGAUAAUUGGAAAAGUUGGUGGUGGCCUAGGACCUGUUUUUCUCGGAUGUCUUUUCUUGGGUACAUACUAUCAGCUGAGCAUACGUCGCUUUAGGCGAAAUGCGAGGGACGAUAUUCAACGGGAAGUUGCUAAAGUAAAGGUUGAGGCUGACGAAGAGACUGUGGAGUGGAUGAACAGCUUUGUCCAAAAAUUCUGGUUGAUUUUCGAGCCUGUUCUCAGUGCCCUUGUUGUGGAGAAUUUGGACACAUACAUUACCGAUUAUCUUCCCAGUUUCCUGGACUCAGUUAGACUUACAACAUUCACUUUGGGAACCAAGCCUUUUCUGAUCGACAGCGUCAAAACUUAUCCAAAUACUGAACCUGAUACUGUCUGUAUGGACUGGCGCGUGUCUUUUAUGCCCAAUGAUCUCACGGACUUGUCGGCAAAAGAGCUCGAUUCUCGAGUCAAUCCGCGAGUAGUCAUGACUGCACGUGUCGGAAAAGGGUCUCUUGGCGCUGGAUUUCCGAUUCUUGUUGAGGAUAUGAGCUUUACUGGCCAUAUGCGCGUUAACAUUCGAUUUAUGAGCAAGUUCCCUUAUAUCAAGACAAUUGAUGCAUGUUUUCUUGAGAAGCCUGAAUUUGAUUAUGUUUGCAAGCCUCUGGGUGGCGACUCUUUCGGGUUUGAUGUCAACAUUAUCCCCGGUCUCCAAGGCUUUAUUGCCGACCAGAUUCAUGCUAUUUUGGGCCCACUUCUCUAUGCUCCUAAUGUGUUUACGGUUGAAGUGGAUAAAUUCAUGGCCGGUGAUCUAGAUAUGAGUCAAGCAAACGGUGUUCUGGCAAUUACUGUCUAUUCUGCUUCACCUAUUAGUAAUUGUGAGGAUCUGAUCUGUGAACCAGCGAACCCUUUUAUUCGCUUCUAUAUUGAUCAUGCCCAGGAACUUGGACGUACAAGUCCCAAGGAAAAAACAUUGGAACCUCAAUGGAAUGAAACCCACUUUUUGCUACUAAACAAUCUCACUUCUCAGCUCUGCUUGGAAUUAAGAGACCACAACCCCGGUUCCAAAGACAGACGAUUAGCAACCGGAAUUUAUGAUCUUCGCGAAUUGGAUGCUGAAAACAAAUAUGAUCAAGAAGGAGUAAAUGUCGUACUCUUACGAGAUGGAAAGUCUAUCAGUGAUUUGAGAGUCGAUCUGCACUACUUGCCUAUUUCAAAGCCAAUAAAGAAUAUCGAUGGAACCAUCGAGCCUGCUGUGGAGUCCAAUUCUGGUGUAUUACGUUUGACUGUUCACGAGUGUAGUGAUCUUGAAGGAGACAAAAUCAGUCCUUAUGUGCGCUUGAUUAUUAGUGGAACCGAAAAACUCAAAACGCCAGUGGUGAAACGCAACAACAACCCUAGUUAUGAAGUAUCCCAAGAGAUGGUUAUUUUGGACAAGUCUGAAGUUUUUAUUCGCGUGGAAGUCAAAAAUAGUGCCAAUAACAAAGAUGUAUUGGGUGUGUGCACCUCUUACUUGAAUGACUUGAUGAGAACACAAGAAGAGAACGACUAUCGUCUUACUUUAACUCGCGACGGAAAGGAUGUGGGUACUAUUCGCAUGAGCGCUCAAUGGAAGCCAGUGAUAAUGUCUGGUAUUUCUGAAGGCUUAGGUGGUCACGGAUUUGACAAUCCACCUAUUGGUGUAGUUCGACUCGCUUUAUGGGAAGCCAGAGAUUUACGCAACGUAGAAGCAGUAACAAACGGAAAGUCUGAUCCCUAUGUGCGUGUUUUAUCGGGUAACCAGAUCCGUGCAUCCACCGAGGUUAUUGACAACAAUCUUUAUCCUGAGUGGGGUGAAAUUCACUAUAUUCCAAUUCACUCCCCCAAAGAAGACUUGUUGCUUGAAGUCAUGGACUGGAACCAAAGAACGAAGGAUAAGUCCCUUGGCGUAACUGAAAUCCAUAUGAGUAAUCUUGUUCGCCAAUGCAUCGGUGAUCAGGCAGAGAACCCAGACAGGUGGUGUGAAUCUACCGGAAAGAAGAUUGAUCAGUGGGCACAGCUUCGUUCUACUGAUAGACGUUCCACAAAGGGUGAAUUACGCUAUACAGCCGAGUUCUUACCUGCACUUUCUAUCCCACAAGUACCUACACCGGAAGAAGGAGAACUAGUGAGCUCACAUCAAGAGCCACCUCUGAAAGACUUGCAUGGUUCUUAUAUAAAGUACACGCCCGAUGAUUUAGUUGACUUGAUAUCAUAUCGUUCUGGUAUAAUCAAGGUCAAGAUACACGAGGUGUCUCUUCCACAUGUAGCAGCAGCAUAUUGUCGUCUUGUGGUAGAUUCUCUGAGCCCCCAAUACAAAACUUCCAAAAUGAGAGGCAAAGAUAUCAAGUUUGAAGAAACUGGCGAUGCGUUUAUAAAGGAAACAGACUUUUCUCGAGUGGCUAUUGAAAUCAAACCAGCAUCUUCAGAUGAAAAAGAUGAUGUCAAGAUUGGUUACUGGGUUGAUUCUGCUAGCAAGAUCGUCCGAAGGAUUCAGCAGCAGCGACGUCGCCAACAGCAAGACCCUGAGACUAGCUUCAAGGGUGAUUGGUAUCCAUUGAUGGGAACAAAUUCUCCUGGGCGUAUUAGAUUGAGUUUUGACUAUAUUCCUUUGUCGAAUUUUACUCUGAACCCGGACGAGAGCUUGGAGAAUCAAGGCAACCUCACUGUAACACUUGUGAGUGCCACAGAUUUGAUGGCUGCGGAUAAGUCUGGUACUAGUGAUCCAUAUGUUGUCUUUACUGUUAACGGAGAACGUGUUCACCGAAGUGCUGUUAUCAAAAAGACUUUGAAUCCUGUCUGGAAAAACGAAGUCUUCACGGUUGCUAUUCAAUCGCGCGUAACAGCUAGUUUAAGAAUUGAAGUGUUUGACUGGAACCAGAUUAAGGGACACGACCCUAUCGGAUCUGGUGGCAUCACUAUCAGAGGUGAUAUGGUAGAAAGUUUUGAAUCGCGAGAUGCAGUGAUUCCUUUGGAUGGUGUUGCUGGCGUAUCCGGCAGUGUGCGUGUUCGUUUUAUGUGGCAGCCUAAGCUAUUGAUUAACAAAAAGACACAAACCUCUGUUCUGGGAGACAAUCGAAUGUACACAAGCGAGAUACCCGAAGCUGUUCCAGAGCCGCCUAAUAAUGUGGUUGCUCCAGCUCAAUCGACAUACACCGAAAUAUUGGCUGAUAGUAGCAUCAGCGCAAGUAACCGUUCAGGAUAUGCUGGCACUAAUUCAGACAAUGAGUCAGUUGGAACAAAUCCCCGAUUUAGUAUUGACACGAACUCUAUUAUAAGUUCUUUUGCAGACAGUUCUGGUGGAAGCGAAUCACAAGGUGUGAAUGGAGAGGUGACUGUUCAGAUUGUGGAAGCCAGAGGUCUACGUGGAGUCGAUCGGGGUGGAACGAGCGAUCCAUUUGUACGGGUGGUAGUGGGAAGAAGCCCUACUUAUAAGACCAAAGUAAUUAAAAAGACAUUAACUCCUGAAUGGCAUGAGACUUUUUCUGCUUCCGUAUCCAAUCAACCUACCGUCUUUGACUUUAAAGUUAAAGACCACAAUAAGUUAAAGCAUUCUAUAGAUCUUGGCCAAUGUAGGUGGAAUAUUUGGGACUUAUUACACGUGGAAGAUGGCCAAAUUGCGCCUGUCGACAUCUGGCUACCGCUCUACCCUACCGGGAGUGGAGAAUUGCGCUUAAAGAUUGAAUUUGCGCCUGCUUAAGGAAAUAUCCAAUAUAAAUCAAAUUCAAUACUAUUUAUCCACAAACGCAUUGACUAUGUCUAUAUUAUCUUUAGCUUGUUUGGGAGAGUUUUAUUGUAAGAGGUUACACAUUGCCAUUGUGGCUUCUCUUGACGGAUUAGAAAUUUUUCUUGAGCACAUUUUUAUGGCCAAUGUAUUUUUAUUAUUAUUUUGUACCCUUCUCUUUAUCUUUCUCUUUCUCUUCCUCUUCAAUAAAAAAAAACUAUUGUUUUCUC